UGACGUGUGCCCUCACUACCCAGUAGAUACCCUCUAUCCUACAAUAUUGAAACUUAAAUUUCAGAAUUAUUCAGAUUUAAUUUAUAAUUUGUGGGAGAGAUGUGUUCAAUAAGAUUUUUUUAAACGAGAACCAUCUUUAAUUUCAAAAUGACUGCUACUCCAUCAAUCGCCGGCUUAACAAACCGCAGUUUGUUCCGAAUUCAACUUCAGGAACCAUAUGAAGAGACAAUACUCAGAGAUGAGACGACACCUAAUAUACGUAGUAUUACAUUCAGUCCGAAAGGCACCUACUUAGCUUAUAGGACGGAUAAAAAAGCAGAGAUUAUUAAAUGUGCCAAUUGGUCAGUGGCGGCUACAAUCGAUGGCAACUACAAAGAAAUGUUUUUCUCCCCAUUGGAUAAUUACUUUAUAAUAUGGGAAAUGUUUGCCAUGACUAAGGAUAAUCCACAGGGUAGACCUAAUCUACAUGUUUUCCGAUCGUCAAAUGGGGAGAAAAAAGGUUCAUUUGUCCAGAAAAAUCAGAUUGGAUGGGAGCCAAAAUGGUCAUCAGACGAGAAACUAUUUGCAAUGCUUUUAAACAACAGAGUUCUCAUAUAUGAAGAUGUGAAUCUUGAUCGAUACACACAGUACAUCCAAGCUGAGAAAUUACAAUCAUUUAGCAUUUCACCGAGUAUGGCAUCCGCAUACUACUUUUCAAUAUUCACUUUAGGCACGUCAGGUCAACCAUCUUUUUGGCGGGUAUUCAAGUACCCUGAGUUCGAAGUGACGCAGGCUUUAGUGAACAGGUCUUCUUUCCAAGCCGACAAAGCUGCCUUCCACUGGAAUAGACGGGGUACCAAUGUCUUUGCUAUGACACAAACAGAAGUUGAUAAAACAGGUGGUUCUUAUUAUGGGAAACAAUCAUUAUCCUAUGGUGAUGUGAAGGGCAAUGCGGGAAACAUGUCGUUCAGCAAGGAAGGCCCUAUCCACGCGAUCGCCUGGAACCCUGGCAACUCGAACGAGUGGGUGGCAGUGUACGGUCACGCGCCCGCUAAGGCAACAAUCUUUAACGCCAAGUGCGACCCGCUCUUCGAAUUUGGCACUGGCGCCUGGAACGCCAUCUAUUUCCCACCGGAGGGGAAUAUCCUCCUUCUCGGCGGUUUCGGUAACAUUGCGACGGGACAUAUAUCGGUAUGGGAUUUGCGCGGCUGCAAGAAGCUGGGAGAAUGUUCGGCACCUGAUACGACAAGCUUGCAAUGGGACCCUCGGGGAGAGACCUUCGUCACCGCCACGACCUACCCGAGACUAACCGUCGGCAAUGGCUACAAAAUAUGGCACUACACGGGCGCUCUCAUGCACAAGCGAGUGUGUGCUGAAAAAGAGAAUCUGCUGUCGAUAAGUUGGCAGCCCGGCACUUAUCCGAAGAGUGAUUUAUCCAAAACCGCCCCUAAGAGCAUAGAAGACGGUACCCCUAAGGCGACUGGGGCGUACAGACCACCGGGCGCGAGGAAUCGGCCAUCGACAUUCACACUUCAUGAACACGAGAAGCCACAUCGACCGGGGCAGACUCUUGACGCUGCGCCAUCAAAACAAGCUAUAAAGCAGAAAGAAAAACGAGAGGCACGGAAGGCGCGCAAAGCCGAUGAACGUACCGGAGACACCUCUCCUACUCCACCCACUACCACGCCACGAGCUCCCUUCGUGUCCACCGGAGACCCGGAAAAAGACAAAAAGAUUAAGAAUCUGAAUAAGAAAUUGAGCGACAUAGAUAAGUUAAAACAACAAAAGGCGGCCGGCAAGCAACUGGAACUCAACCAACUGGCCAAGAUUGACAACGAAGCCGCACUUUUGCAGGAAUUAGCUCAACUUAAAUUAUGAUCGUUUAUCUAAUUGUACAAUGAAAUUAUAAUGUAUAAUUCUAUACAACAUGUAUAAUAUGUAAAUGAAAACUUUUUAUAAACUCAUUUCAAUUGUUUUGUUGCAUUUUUAACUCUAAGCUUAGUCAGGACUUAUCGGUGUUAGGUGUAAGCGCAAAAUACUAUAUUAAAGAUAUUUUUUUAAAUAUAUUCUUGACUUUGACCUCGUAGAAUUUCUGACUGAAAUUAUGAAGUUUUGAUGUGGUAUAAAGUAACCUAUGCUGAAUAGUUGUAUUUGCCGGUUGCUGGUACAUUCUGGAAUGCAACUAAAAGGCCAAUGUCAGCCUUCAUCCGUAAUAGAGGAACGUACAGUUCGAACAAUCUUUCGUGUUUUCGUGGUUCGCUCUCCGAGCAAUUGAGCAUGUUGUACCCUGUACAAAUGACACCGACCAAUUUAAUCCCAUAAAAACCGUCUACGCAGCUCGUACCUCCACUACUUACUUCAAUCUAUCCUACAUAAGAUGGUGCAUGAUAUUUAUGUAUAUAAAUUAAUGUCCCUUGAAAUUAGUGUCCUUAGCUAUGGUUUAAAACAAAAGAACUUUAAGGACAAAAAUAUGACAAUUUUUUAACAACAUUUGGCAUCAUUUUGACAUGUUACCUGUGCUGAGUUUUUUAACGUUGAACGUUUGAGACGAUAUCCUAUCGUGUAUAUACGUUAUUAACCCUAAGAUUGAGUGUUCCGUACGUUAUGUAACGAGUUUUCAAAUCGUGCAUGGACAACUAGUGCUCAACUCUUAUAAACUGCUGAUAUAUAAUAUUGAAAUGCUUGCUUUGUGCCACAACAUAAAGUGAUCAUUACAAUGACAUAAUUUAAACCGAGUCGUUGUUGAGACUUUGUUGAUAACUUCAGGUCUAGAAAAAUACUAGAAACUAAAAUCAAAAAUAUUGCAUUUUAGAUAAAUUAUUCUGAUAAUUACUGUGGAUGAUACAUGAAACUACAUAAAAUAUCUUAUUAUCUAAUAAAUAAAAUGGAAAUCGUG